AUGGGCGUUGCUCAUGGGUGCAGCUGCAAGAAGCAAGAUGAGAGACUGGAAGAAGAUGGUGAUGAUGACGAUUUGGUUUCAAUCGCUUCCACACCUACACUUGUGUCAAGCUCCGAAGUGCUGGAGUUCCUCCGCAAGGUGCAGCUGUUUAAGCGGCUAAAAGAGGAUCUCCUGCCCUCGCUGGCACCGUGCUGUGCAAGCAAGAGCUUCCUGCCUGGUGAUGUCGUCAUUGAACAAGGCGACGAAGGUCAUGAGCUCUUCGUCAUCAGGUCCGGCGUCUGCUCCGUGCAGGUGAACGGUCACGAAGUGGCACAGCUCAAGGACGGCGACUACUUUGGCGAGAAUGCUUUGCUGAGGGAUGAGCCGCGAACUGCAACCAUUGUGGCGAAACAGCCGCUGACCACCAUCAUUGUUCGGCGCAGCAAGUUCGAUUCUUUGGGCUUGCGCGAAAAGCUGGAGUUCAAACAGCGCAAUGCAGUCGGAGGUGGAUUCGUUGAGCAUUCAGAGGCGAAGCCGCCCAGUCCGAAGACCGAGGGGGAACGCAAGGUCAUGGCGAAGGCCUUGAAGGAGAACACAAAUCUCCAGGGCUUAGUGUCUUUGGAUGAAGCCAGCACUGAAAGGCUUAUCGACAGGGCUUGGAAGGAAGCGGUGAAGACUGGCAUAGACGUGAUCGCUGAAGGGGAUCUCAAUGCCUCAUUCUUCUACAUCGUAAAGUCAGGAAGGUUUGACGUCAUCCAGAAAGAGCACCGUGUGGGUCAGCUCAAGCCUGGGAAUAGCUUCGGCGAGCUGGCGCUGAUUUACACCGCGCCGCGUGCUGCAACAGUUAAGGCUACUGUAGACUCGGAGCUCUGGGUCAUCGAUCGGACUGAUUUUAAACAAAUCCUGGCUGCUCGUGGCGACAAGUGUCAGGAGUAUGUCGCCUUGUUGGAUAAGGUGGACCUUCUCAAAGGCCUUUUAAAGCCCGAGGAGAAAGAAGCCUUAGCGAAGUCUUUAACUGAGAUGUCCUUCUCCAAAGAUGAGACGGUCUUCGAACAAGGAGAGAAAGGCGAUGCAUUUUACAUUUUGACUGAGGGGCAGGUUGCAGUCAUCAAGGACGGCAUUGAGCAGAUCAAACUGACCGCCACUGUCACAGAGGCCCGCUACUUCGGGGAGCGGGCUCUGCUGACAAACGAGGGCCGAGCUGCCACCAUCAAGGUCACGUCAGACAAGGCAAAGUUCUUGCGGUUAGACCGUUUGUCCUUUGAGAUGCUGCUGGGCUCCCUCGAGGAGCUAAAGAAGCUCGGCACUGACCGGGCAGCCGUAGUCAUCAAUCCUGUCGGACCACUUCUCAUCAGUACCCGUGGAAGCCAGGCCAUGCCAGGCCACAGGACGACAACUGAUCUGACUGACCACAUGUGUGGAGCUUCCAAUCUUGGUCUGUGCGAGAUCAGCUUGGCACUCAGCGAGGACUACAUGGCAGACUUUUUCGACCAGUGGGACUUCGUGUCUGCCGAUGACCCUACACAUGGCACCGUUGAUUAUGUGACACGCGAGGAUGCAGAGCAACUUGAACUGGUCCGUGCCCAUCCUGAUGGUGUUUUUAUAGGUGUGGACAAUACGACAGUGCUAAAUUCCAGCCAGGGCCGAGGGCGCAAAUCCAUUCGACUCGAGUCCAUCAAGCGCUACAACGAUGGCCUCUUCAUUAUUAGCUUGGAUCAUGCUCCGACAGGCUGCGGCUCCUGGCCAGCUUUCUGGAUGUUCGGGGAGGAUGAGGGCCACGUUUGGCCAGACUGGGGCGAGUUUGACAUCAUUGAGUGGAUUCAUGAGGAGGAGAAUGUUUCGACGACUUUGCACACAAAGGCGGGCUGUACCCAGUCGCAUCUCAGGGAAGGCAUGGACAUGAAAGGGUGGUGGAAUCCUGGCAUCUACGGGAAGGGCAAAGCUUUCAAUUGUGAUGUACAUGCCCCGGGACAAUGGCAAAACCAGGGCUGCUCACAACGCGGCCUUACCGGCACGGUCGGCCCUAGCUUCAACGAGGGUGGCGGCGGCACAUACGCGGCCGAGUGGGACCCUCUGGCAGGGCACAUGCGUGUGUGGUUUUGGCCUUCUGGGUCAGAGCCGGAAGAUGUAAAAGGCUCAACACCAGAUCCGGAGCUGUGGGGGCAGCCUGACCACUAUUUCGAGCUCAGUCAGACAUGCACUUCUAACCACUUCAAGAACAUGAAGCUGGUGUUUGACAUUACCUUCUGUGGCGACUUGGGUUCGCCCACCUUUCACGAACACUGUGGAGCAAAAGUGGGACACAGCAACUGCGAUGCCUUUGUUCGACAGGAGCCUGGGGCCUUCCACCAAACAUACUGGUGGGUUUCAGCUCUCAACGUGUACCACCGUCAGGAGAGCUUAGCCUUCGCAGAUCUGGGUUCGGCCGCGUCAUCUGCAGAAUGCAGGCACGAGCAUGUGGCCAGUCUGGAGUCGCGGGUCCAGGAGCUCGAGGCCAUCCUAUCCCAGAGAGAUGGCGAGCUCCGCGAGUUGUGGGCACGGCUGAAUGAGGAAGGCCGGGGGCAGUCUCCAAGCAGCAGGGCCGUCGAUCCACUUCCACCAGGGCAUGGGCUUGCAGAUGCUAUGGGCCCAGCUAUCGACCAUUGA